AUGUCACCUCUGAGGUGUCUUUGCUGUAUCCCAACUUUUGUAAGUGAAGAGCGAAUCAAAGAGUUGCUCAUCACCUUCGGGCAGCUGAAGUUUUAUGCUCUGCAGAAGGAUUCAGAAGGCAAAUCUGUCGGAGUUGCUUUCUUCGAGUAUCAAGAUAUGAUGACGCAGCAGCAGGCACGUGUUGCUUUGGAAGGUCUGGAGUUGGGCAACAACAAGCUGAAAGUCCUGAAACCGGAUCAAGUGAUUGAGCUUGGCCUGGUGGACAGAGAACAGAAGCUAGGUGCCCGGGUGGUGCCCAGCAAGGUGGUCUAUCUCAAGAACAUUGUGACUCUAGAGGACCUGGCCGAUGAGACUGGGUAUGUCGAGAUUUGCACAGACAUCCGCUUGGAAGGGGAGAAGUUUGGUGCAGUCGUCUCGAUUGAGGCACCGGCGCCAGCAGCCCCAGCGGCUUUGCCCGCACCUACUCUGCCGGACUUGUCCAUGGCGCUGGUUCCCAUCGGUGGUCAGCUGGCCAAGCCUGGCGGAGCGGGCGAUGGCCCUGGUGGUGGAGCUUUGACCUCAGAAUCUGGUUGA